AUGUUUUCUUUUCUUUCUCUUUCUUUUUCAAAAUUUAUCUCACCGGCUUACUCUUUCUUCCUUCUUUCUAUCUUUCGAUUUCUUUUUCUAUUUCUCUCUUUCUCUUUCUCUAUCUCUUUCCCCCCUUAUCUCUUCCUCUUAUUAUCCCUGUCUUUCCCCGUCACCCUCUCUCCCCCUCUCUCUCUCUCUCUCUCUCUCUCUCAUUCUUCUUCUCUUGCUCUUUCUUUUUCAAACCUCAUCUUUCCGGCCUACCCUUUCUUAUUUCUUUCUCUCAUUUCUCAUUUUCUCCGUUUUUUCUCUCUGUUUAUGCAUCACUUCCUCUCUUAUUGUCGUUAUCUUUCUUUCUUUCUUUCUUCCUUCCUUCCUUCCUUUCUUUCUUUCUUUCUUUCUUUCUUCUUUCUUUCUUUCUUCCUUCUUUCUUUCUUUCUUUUUUCUUUCUUCCUUCCUUCCUUUCUUUCUUUCUUCCUUUCUUUCUUCCUUCUUUCUUUCUUUCUUCUUUCUUUCUUUCUUCCUUCUUUCUUUCUUUCUUUCUUUCUUCCUUCUUUCUUUCUUUCUUUUUUCUUUCUUUCUUCCUUCCUUUCUUUCUUUCUUCCUUUCUUUCUUCUUUUUCUUUCUUUCUUUCUUUCUUUCUUUCUUUCUUUCUUUCUUUCUUUCUUUCUUUCUACAUCUUAUUCUUACUCAUUCUUUCUUUUAUCCUCCCCUCUUUCGUAUUCUUUUUCUUUCUCUUUCUCCUACAUUCACUUUUCUCCCCACUCUCUCUCUCUAUCCUACUCAUUCUCUUCCUCUUCCCUUCAUCUCUCUCUUUCUCUCUCUCUCCAUAUUACUCUUUAUCUUCAUUUUUCUCAGCCUCCUCCUCUUGCUCUCAUUCUCAUGUGUUCAUAUCUAUCUAUCUAUCUCAGUCUCUUCAUUAUCUUUUUCUCUGUGUUCAUAUCUAUCUAUCUAUCUAUCUAUCUAUCUAUCUAUCUAUCUCAAUUUAUAUAUAUAUAUAUAUAUAUAUAUAUAUGGACAUUUCUACCGUCCAUAACCAAUAUCUAUCUAUCUAUCUAUGCAUGUUCAUUAUCUAUCUAUCUAUCUAUCUAUCUAUCUAUCUAUCUAUCUAUCUAUCUAUCUAUCUAUCUCAGUCUGUUCAUUAUCUAUCUCACCUUUAAACCUUGUAGCGCAGCUCUGAGUGUCGUCCACUUCUUAGCAAUUUUUUUUUCUUUCCUUCCUUCCACCAUUCCUUCCUUCCUUCCUUCCUUCCUUCCAACCACCCUCCCUCCCUUCUUAUCUACAUUCCUUCCUUCCUUCCUUCCUUCCUUCCUUCCUUCCUUCCUUCCUUCCUUCCUUCCUUCCUUUCACAGUUUCUUUCUCUAUCCAUUCAUCCUUUCCUUCUUUCCUUUCUUCCUUCCUUCCUUCUUUCCACUCCACCCUCCCUCCCUUCUUAUCUACAUUCCUUCCUUCCUUCCUUCCUUCCUUCCUUCCUUCCUUCCUUCCUUCCUUCCUUCCUUCCUUUCACAUCCAUUUCUCUCUCCAUUCAUCCUUUCCUUCUUUCUUUCUUCCACCCUCCUUCCUUCUUCUCUUCCUUCCUUCCUUCCUUCCUUUCUUCCUUCCUUCCUUCCUUCCUUCCUCUAUCCAUUCAUCCUCUUCCUCCCUCUUUUCUUUCCUUUCUUCUUUUUCCCUUUCCUUCCUUCCUUCCUUCCUUCCUUCCUUCCUUCCUUCCUUCCUUUUAUAUCAUUACCUUUUUCUGUUAUUAUAUAUCUAUCUAUCUAUCACAGUUUCUUUCUUUCUUUCUUUCUUUCUAUCUCAGUCUGUUUCUAUCUAUCUAUCUAUCUAUCUAUCUAUCUAUCUAUCUAUCUAUUACAGUCUGUUAUUGUCUAUCUAUCUAUCUAUCUAUCUAUCUAUCUAUCUAUCUCAACAUGUUCAUUAUCUGUCUACCUAUCUCAAUAUGUUCAUUAUAUCUAUCUAUCUAUCUAUCUAUCUAUCUAUCUAUCUAUCUAUCUAUCUAUCUAUCUAAAACAAAAGGGUUCAAAAUAUAUACUUCUAUCUAUCUAUCUAUCUAUCUAUCUAUCUAUCUAUCUAUCUAUCUAUCUAUCUCUGUCUUUUCUAUCUAUCUAUCUAUCUAUCUAUCUAUCUAUCUAUCUAUUUGAUUCUCUAGAUCUAUCUAUCUAUCUAUCUAUCUAUCUAUCUAUCUAUCUAUCUAUCUAUCUAUUUGAUUCUCUAGAUCUAUCUAUCUAUCUAUCUAUCUAUCUAUCUAUCUAUCUAUCUAUCUCUCUCUCUCUCUCUCCCUUUUGUUCAUAUUUAUCUCCAUCUGCUCAUAUCUAUCUAUCUAUCUAUCUAUCUAUCUAUCUAUCUAUCUAUCUAUCUAUUUCAGUCUCUUCAUUAUCUAGCUAUGUAUCUAUUUCAGUCUCUUCAUUAUCUAUCUAUCUAUCUAUCUAUCUAUCUAUCUAUCUAUCUAUUUCAGUCUCUUCAUUAUCUAUCAAUCUAUCUAUCUUAGUUUCUUCAUUAUCUAUCUAUCUAUCUAUCUAUUUCAGUCUCUUCAUUAUCUAUGUAUCUAUUUUAGUCUCUUCAUUAUCUAUCUAUCUAUCUAUCUAUUUCAGCUUCUUCAUUAUCUAUGUAUCUAUUUUAGUCUCUUCAUUAUCUAUCUAUCUAUCUAUCUAUCUAUCUAUCUAUCUAUGUCUAAUAAUGUAA